UCGCUCUUUGAUCCUCUCGCGUGUCCUCAGUCACAUCUCUGGGUUUGUCAGUCAGUCACCUCACUUGUGAGACCUUACAGCCUGCUUUAGCAAGUAAUUGUUUUUUUAAACUGUUUUUUUUUUGCGGAACUUUUCUUGGGGUUACUUAAUCUUAGAUAGAAUUACGUGUAGGAGCAUUUUCAGCUAGUUUUCAGAAACUUUUCGCCCAAUGAAUAUUAAUGCUGAAAACAGUGCUGUCGGCUUCGCUGAUGGAAGCUGCCAGGAUGAACUGGACUUUCCUUUUCCUCUAUUUCUUUGUAGCCAAACUGGAAAUGACAUCCCACAUGAUGACCAAGAUGAGCUUGAUGCUUUGUCAAACCUCAAUACUAAUCCACCCUCGUCCAACACUGACCAGGACCAUCCUCAAUACAGCAAUCUGUCCCUCUAUCAGCCUUCCUAUAAUCCUCCACCUUCUGAUGACAUCCUCAACUGUUAUCAACCUGAACUGCGAGAUCUUCUCUGUCACACACUCUCAUCCCAAGCUAGCCCCCGCAUUGAGAUCACCCGAUCAGAGCUACACCACCAGCAAAGAGAGCAUGUCCAAACAGCACCAGUGGAUAUCAGUCGCCGUCUAGCAGUACCUUCGUAUCAGAAUUUGCUCUACAGGGAAAACCUUAGCCCAGCAAGCAGCACGUCCUCUAGCUGGCACUCUGAGGUGUAUUCACCUCAACCAUCACCCUGUGUUUCUCCCAGUGGUUCAGGAGGUGGAGGUUUAGCCGCCAUGACCGUAGCUGAGUUGUGCCCAAGGCUUCAGGCCAUCCAUGCAUCCGGUUCACCCCAUACUUCUCCAAAUACCUCCCCACGCACCAGCAUCACAGAGGAGACUUUCCUGAACUGCAAGCCUUCAUCUGCCUCCUCCUCCUCACGGCCAGGUUCACGCUCCACUUCUCCUCAAGGAAAGCGCACUUAUGAGCAAUACCAGAACCCUGCCCUGGUGGUCCCACGCUCCCGAAGCCCGUCUCCUCAUGCAUUGCGGGAAGAGUUGGUUGAGCCUUGUAGACCACCAGCUAAUGUUGAUGAAUUUGUAGACAGCAUCAACAGACACCUAGCUAAACCAGUGCCCACAAAGAUCGGACGGACUUUUCAGGAGUACUCUAUAUGCAGCCAAAAAGAGCAUGCCGUAUUCGCUGAAGUGAAGCGGGAACCCAUAAUGGAACCAGUAUACGUCUUGCAACCCCUAGGUUUGCCCAAUCAGAUGCCCACAGCCAUGUGCAGCAUGUCGUUGGCAUCUCUGCCUGCUCUGGAGUGGCCGCUUCCCAGCUGCACAGAGCAGUAUGAGCUGAAUAUAGAGGUUCAGCCCAGACAGCACCACAGAGCCCACUAUGAGACUGAAGGCAGUAGGGGAGCUGUUAAAGCAGCAUCAGGAGGACAUCCUGUGGUUCAGUUGCACGGAUACAGGGGACGAGAAGCUUUGGCACUGCAGGUAUUUAUUGGAACAGCUGACGAGAGAGCCAUGAGGCCACAUGCCUUUUACCAGGUCCACCGCAUCACUGGCAAAACUGUCACCACCAGCAGCCAAGAGAAAAUGUUAAACGGAACCAAGGUUCUGGAGCUGCUGCUCGAACCCAAAGACAACAUGCGAGCAAUUGUGGACUGUGCUGGCAUACUAAAGCUGAAAAAUGCUGAUAUUGAGCUGCGGAAAGGUGAGACAGACGUGGGACGGAAGAACACACGUGUACGUCUGGUCUUUCGUGUCCAUGUGCCUCAGCCUGGAGGCCAGUGGAUUUCUCUACAAGUGUCCUCAAAUCCCAUCGAGUGCUCUCAAAGACCUAGCCGCGAAACUCCAGAGGUGAGGAGGCAAGAUUUGGACCACUGCUCAGUGCUGGGGGGAAUGCAGAUGAUCCUUACCGGUCAAAACUUCACCUCUGAGUCCAGGGUGCUCUUUAGUGAGACGACUCUAGAAGGCUUGGAGGUAUGGGAGAAGGAAGCCAUAGUCAACAGAGAAAAAAGUCAAGCAAACAUGCUGUAUGUAGAAAUUCCUCCAUAUCGAGACCCCAACAUCUAUCACCCAGUCAAAGUCAACUUCUGUGUGCUGAACGGGAAAAGGAAGCCUAGUCAGCCACAACACUUCACCUACAUGCCACUCCCAGUUCCACCAAUAAAGGCCGAGCCACUGGAUGAGUAUCAGUAUGGAGAGCUUGCCUACAGUGUCCCCCAGGUCUUAGGCGUCUCUCCACAAUUGUGCCAUCACACUGCCCAGAUCGCUACCAGCUGCUGCAGUAUGCCAGGCCAGGUUUCCCAGAGGACCAACAGUCCUAUUCUGUAUCCACCGUCCUCGGAGUACCACAAGCUCCAUCAGCCUUCAGCCUUCUAUCAGAGCCAGCUAGAGGCCCUGAGCACCAGCCCUGGUCACUACCAGCCUCCCCUGGAUCAACCUGCAUCUGGAGUGCAACCCAUCUGCUCAGGUCCGGCAACUGCCAUAGGGCCAAAUCCAGGCUCUCAUCUCAAACCCAGCAGUUACCAGCACAUCAUAGCAGGGCACAACUACCAGGCUGGUGUCUCUAUGUUUCCAAGCCUGGAUGCAACCAAUCAGAGAAUCUUUGUGCAGAGAGCAGCUCCUCCACUGCAGAGCUACAACCAGCAGCAGCCUGUGGAGCAUCAGAGAACCAGCAGCCCUGUAAGAGUCAAGCGGGAGAAUCUGGACGAAACUUACCUGAAUGAUGGUGAGGAGGCUGAGUUCAUCAUUAUGUGAAUGAAGUGAUCCGAAAAGAUCUCAUUAAUCACCCCAUUGAUGACGACUAGAUCCGAAAAUCAGUCUUCCUCCAAGCGACCGCCAUAACUUUUGGACAACUCCUCUGCCUUCACAUCUGCACACAUUCUUUGUCAUAUCAUGUUUUUAAAGGUGUGGUGAUAAUUGUUAAGCAUAAUAAUGAUUGCUGAUUGCACCUGCAACUGGAGUUAGCGUUAGAACUGAUCUUGUCUAUGUGAUUUGCCGUCAUUUUUCUCAGCCAUAUUAAAUAUUCUUAUAGCUGCUAACAUCUUUUUUGUAACAUUCCUUUUCUAGACAGUUGUGUAAAACAGCACCUUUAGUUCUCAGGUAUGCUUUAAUCUGCUAUUAUUGAAAUAUGUAACAAACAGUAUGAGGUACAAGCACUAUAGAGUUCAUUCUAGCUAACCGUCGAGAUCAGAUGCUCCCUGUUGAAUGUCAUGUAAAGCAUCUGGAGUGUUGAC